CUGCCCCGCGACGCGCCGGGUGCUGGCGCAGCCCUUCGCUCUCCCGGCCUCCCCCUCCCUGGUUCCGCGCUCUGGUUCCGCCAUGGAAUCCAACAAGGAUGAAGCCGAGCGCUGUAUUAGCAUCGCCCUCAAGGCCAUCCAGAGCAACCAGCCUGACCGGGCGCUCCGCUUCCUGGAGAAGGCGCAGCGGCUGUACCCGACGCCGCGAGUUAGCGCCUUGAUCGAGUCCCUUAACCAGAAACCGCAGUCGGCCGGCGACCAACCGCAACCCACAGAGGCAACCCAGGCGACCCAUAAGAAAGCAGGUGGGGCCGGCGCCCCCUCAGCCAAUGGUGAAGCCGGAGGAGGAGAGAGCACCAAAGGCUACACUGCCGAACAAGUAGCGGCCGUGAAAAGGGUCAAGCAAUGUAAAGAUUACUACGAGAUCCUGGGGGUGAGCAGAGGGGCCUCAGAUGAGGACCUGAAGAAGGCCUACCGCAGACUGGCCCUCAAGUUCCACCCUGACAAGAACCGCGCGCCUGGUGCCACUGAAGCUUUCAAAGCCAUUGGCACAGCAUACGCAGUACUUAGCAACCCAGAGAAAAGGAAGCAGUAUGACCAGUUCGGCGAUGACAAGAGCCAGGCAGCCCGGCACGGCCAUGGGCACAGGGACUUCCACCGCGGCUUUGAAGCUGACAUCUCCCCUGAAGAUCUCUUCAACAUGUUCUUUGGAGGUGGCUUCCCAUCUAGUAACGUCCAUGUCUAUAGCAACGGCCGCAUGCGCUACACGUACCAUCAAAGGCAGGACCGCAGGGAGAACCAGGGUGAUGGUGGGCUGGGGGUGUUUGUCCAGCUGAUGCCCAUCCUCAUCCUGAUCCUCGUGUCAGCGCUCAGCCAGCUCAUGGUUUCCAGUCCACCCUACAGUCUCAGCCUGAGACCGUCGGUGGGCCACGUCCACAGGCGAGUCACUGACCACCUGAACGUCGUUUACUACGUGGCAGACACGUUCUCUGAGGAGUACACAGGCUCCAGCCUCAAGAUGGUUGAACGGAAUGUGGAAGACGAUUAUAUUGCCAAUCUCCGAAACAACUGUUGGAAGGAGAAGCAGCAAAAGGAAGGCUUGCUGUACCGGGCCCGCUACUUUGGCGACGCAGAUAUGUACCACAAAGCACAGAAGAUGGGCACCCCGAGCUGUAACCGACUGUCAGAGGUGCAGGCCUCCCUGCAUGGAUAGUCCUGGGCCAGCCUGCCACCGAGGUCCAAACUAUGAAAUCCCUGGAGAAUUUGUGGUGACAUGCACUGAGCCAAGGUGACGAACUGUAUAUUUAAGGAAAGACAAAAAAAGAAAAAAAAUGGAAUUGGAGGCCGGACGCUGCACAACUGCCCUCUCUCUCACCCAGUAAAUGCAGAAAGCUGUUAGGACAGACAGGAAAACCUGCCAUGGGGGCUGCUUCCCUUCCUCCCAGGGCUGGCAGAAGCCCAGGCUCCACAUCGGCUCUCUCCUAGGAUACAGAAACCAUGACAACGAAAGUAGAAUGUAAAACUUGCAGCAAAUGUCUGUAGGAAGGGCUGGGGGAGGGGGCACCCAACUGCCUUUCUUCCCCCCUCCCAGGAGCUACCACCAGUCACCUCCGUGGAGGUAAUCAGAGGUGUUGGCCAAGGAUAGAGAGGAGGAGGAAAGAGAAGUCUCUGUAGAAUGUAAUUUAUAGAUGCGUGUAUAUGUAUCUAUUUAUAUGUAAAUAACACAUAUAAAGAUAUAGAGAUAUAUAGAGAUAUAGUCUACUUUUUAAACUAUGCAGGGAUUUGGUUAAGUUGUUGAGUUGAUUUCUUCCCUGUUGUAGAAAACAAGGCCUGUUUGGGGAAGGCAGCCUGGUCCUUCAAAGGCUAGACAUUAGCCAUAGCUGACAGCAUGCGGAAAGUUGGGCCACAGCUUUUAACGUUCCCCUCAACCCCAACCUGUUUUUGAUGGCAGCGGUAAUCAUGAUAGCAUAAAUCUGCAGAGAACUUGGAAGGUUGCCAGCGGUAUGGUUAAACUGGAGGGGCGCAGGCUGCGGGGGAAGAAAGGACUCCUGGGGCCAGGUGCCAGGUCAGUACUGAGUCAUGGUAGAGGCCCCAGAUGGCCUGUGGGGAUGAGACCACCCACCGCAAGGUUGGCCAGAUCAGGUGGGCACUUGGUCCUGGUGCUCAGGAGCCCCCUGCCCCCGCUGCCACUGAGAGCAGCAGUGUUGGAGAGGGGAGCCAGGUUCUGCCUGACCACCUCCCCCCUUAGUCCCUAUGUGAGUUUUGCCUUAUAGGUGCCCCAGGGCACAGCCCCAUUGUUGCUACUGGUUUUUCCUAAGCCAUGUACCAAGGACUCCAGAAGGCUUUUCCUCCCAGAGUCAACCGCGUGGGGCCCAGGACGCUGGGGCAGAAGCCGACUCCUGAAGAAAGUCCGUGACCGUGGGCGCCUCUGUCUCUACCCUCCGUGGACAUGAUGCCACCCGGCCUUCUCUUGCACGUUGGAUAAAGGAUGCACCUGAAGCAGAAGGGUUUUCUUACGGUCAUCCUCAAAUGAGGAUUUUUCUCAAAACAGCAGUUGCUGCCAGGGGAAGGGAGGGAGGUUUUAUUUGUUCCCACAGUUUAUACUGGGCCUUUUGGAAUUACCGUUUUUCCCAAAUUUUCCUCUGGUGGUGGGUGUGUCAUUGAGCCUGCCAUCCUCCAAAGCCUUACUACCCCAAGCUGCCAGCCAGGAGGGAAUCACCACCCUCCCAGAGCUUCUCUUGGCUCUUUUUAUAGAAGUCCCCCAACAAAUAGGAUUCUUGCUGGGAAAGGGAGCUUGGUUAAGGAGAAAUGUCAAAUACGGUUUUUAAACAAGGUCCUGCCCUGUGAUGAAGCGCCCCCACCCACCCCCCACCCCUGCCCAAAGAGAUGCUCAGAACUGGAUGUGGGUGAGAGCGCCCUGCCCGUGGUGGCCCUGGUGCUCGGCUCCCACCACCCCAACCCUCUGGUCUCAGUAGAUGUCCCUAGACGGCUGAGCCAUGUGCAAUAAGAACAUAGAUCCUAAUGGAUCCACUGAGAAGCUGUAUUUCUUGAAAUAGAAUCCUGAAAUUGUA